UUUAACUCGUGCUUGACGUGAAACCUAAACACAGCGAUUUAUUAAUAUAAACCAAAUUGAAAUUGUAUUUUCCGCAGAAAUAAACCAACUGUUAUAAGAGUGUUAACAAAAAAAUGGUAUAAUGAUAACAAAAUUUACCCGCGAAGUAUUUUAUGAGGCUUAAAUUCUUCAGCCGUGGAUUUUAUUUUCAUAAAAGAAGUUUGUGCAAAAUGGCUUUUACGGAAUCUCCAGCAAAAGCAUCGUUAUGUUGCGAGGAAAGUACGGAAGGAGCUGCGCCGACAUACGCUAUGUACGAAGCUCUAAAAGAUUCUUGUCAAAACAACGCGACAUAUUUCCAACCAGAUGAUACCGAGAAUGGGCAACGAUUGUAUCAGGGUUUCAUGACUCUGAUGGAUCAUAUUGAUACUGUGUGGCCUUUGGUUGAUCAUGUUCGAAAAGUGGCGCCAUUGUAUGAUUUUGAUGCUGCAUCUCCUGGCAAUGGCUACAGGAGCUUUGUCUCAGUAGUAGACUCAUGUGUGUUGCAUGGUCUGAAAAUCAGUCGGCAGGUUUGCAGUGCCAGAGAUGCAUUGCUCUUUCGUAAAAGUUAUUUUGUCAGGGAAAUAGAGUCGUGUGGACAGCUGCUGGCUUCAUUAGGAACGUGCUUACAUCACCUGCACACACUGCUAUCAUGGGCGCCCCCUGGUGAUCUCUUCCCGACAGAACAACACUCCCCAGAACAAUUGUUUUCACAAGCGGACACAAUAAAUCAAUAUUGUUUCUAUGGAAGAUGCCUUGGGUUUCAGUUUAACCCAUCAAUGCGCGGUAUACUCAAAGGUAUAUCAAUCUGUAUGGCUGGUUUUUCGGAGGCUUACUAUAGCCACGGAAACCUCAUCAGCUCUGUAUGGACUGGAGGACAGUACCUCAUCGACCCGGAGAUGAGGGCGCGCAGGAUCGUCAAUAUAUCGCAGUCAGCUAGCGUCGAGUUCUGCAAGGCAUUCUGGUUUUUAGCUGAAAGUGAAAUAAUGAAGCGUGUACCAAGCCUCAUGUCGUCGACAGUGGCUGUCAACAAAUUGAUUACUAUCCCACCGGAGCCCAUCACUGUGCUUACCACUGAUGGCAAGGAAACGACUGUGCUGCCCCCUACUGUGCACAUUGGCCUCCAAGGUCUCAAUGUGAGACUGAUAAGUGUCAACAAAAGAAUGGGGAUGGCUGGCGAAGGAUCAUCGAAUUUACCGCCAGCCGAUGGGAUAAUCUUCCACUGUCAUGGCGGCGGGUUUGUGGCCCAAAGCUCAAAAUCCCACGAGACAUACUUAAGAGAGUGGGCGGCCAAGCUGAACGUUCCCAUACUCUCGAUAGACUACAGUCUCGCACCGCAAGCACCGUUCCCCCGAGCUUUGGAAGAAGUAUACUACGCUUAUUGCUGGAUGAUGAAUAAUUUCAAAGAGCUGGGCACUACAGGCAAAAGAAUAGUGUUCGCCGGGGACUCGGCAGGCGCGAACCUUAUAACGGGUUGCACGCUGAAAAUACUCACAUCCGGACUACGAACACCCGAGGGCCUGUUCCUGGCAUACGCACCGUUACUGGUCAGCUUCAUACCCAGCCCGGCCCGGCUUUUAUGUCUCAUGGAUCCGUUGCUGCCCUUUGGAUUCAUGAUGAGGUGUUUAAAAGCAUACGCCAGUCCUAAUACUAGCGGGAAGAGUAAAGAGGAUAAACAUAAAGAUACAAACGCUGUGUCUAACGCAACAACGCCCCUAGACAGCAAUGGAUUCCUUAAAGUUAGCCCGUCACAAGAGGGCGUAAGCGAAGGUCCGUCGUCGUUCGAGGAGGUCUCCCCGUCGGAUCUAGCCGAGCUGCAGGCUCACAAGUCGGGCAGCGAGCGUAGGAAGUCCUCGGACACCACAAUAAGCGCUGCCUCCUUGCAAAGUGAACAUACAGCCACUGGUGUAACUCCGCCUGAAGACAAAUCUCAGCAGUACGUAUCAGAUUUCUUGGAGAGAUACGUGCUGGACAGCGAUACCGAUAGCGAAGGACGCCGAAUACCAGUCAUCAAGCCGAACAAUAAAGCUCUUGACGAAUCGCACAGGGAGGCAGAAUCUGAAGCUUCGAGUACAUUAGUUGGUGAACCGCCGUUGGUUGACGAUCCGGAUCAAAAAGACAAAAGGAGAAUAAAAACUCGUAUAAGCGAAGCAGCGAACAGCGUAAUGGGCGCGAUGUCUUCUAAACUGGCGUACAUCACGGGGUCCAACACUAUCACGAGACCAACACAAGACGAUUUGGCGGUGCGGACCAAUUUGGACGCGUUGAUAGCUCGCAGUCCAUCGGACGAAUUUAUAUUCUCGGUACCGCGUGAUCCGCUGUUAUCCCCAUAUUGGGCCGACGAGCAAUUACUCAACAAGUUCCCGCCGGUUAGGAUAUUGACGGUGCACCUCGACCCCUGUUUGGACGACUGUGUAAUGUUUGCCAAAAAACUGAAGAAACUCGGCAAUAUUGUUGGUAUAGAUGUGCUAGAAGGUCUACCACAUGGAUUCCUUAAUUUUUCACUUAUGGCCAAGGAAGCGAACGAGGGAUCGAAACUAUGCAUGGAACGUAUCAAACAGCUACUAGACCUUGACAGCGCGCCCACGUCUGAUAACAAUCGUUUAUGAAUGUGCGGACUGUGUUGUCACACGUAGGUUUGUACUUCGGCGUGUUAUGCCUGCCUAGCCUGACAUACGACCCUAGUGUCACUCACUAAAGGGCUUAUUACAUAAUAGACAGGUUUGGGUCACGUGACUAAAAUUGAUCUGUUUUAUCUAUGGUUUUAGUACUAAUUUGCUGGGCAGUCUUUUUAAUCUAUAUAACUCAAGUUUUAAGCGUUUAUAAUAAGCCCCCAGAUGCGCUAUACCAAUUUUUUUACAUUCUAUAUUUGAAUUUAUUUAAAUUAUUAAGAAAUAUAAACAUUUUUAUUGGGUCCAUAGAAAUAUAAGUUUGUCAGCGUCAUAACCUACAUAUCCAAGAAUACAUCACUAUUUGUUUUAUUCAAUUAGCCCAAAUUAUUUAUUUAGAUAAUAAAUAAUGUGAAUGUUUUUCUAUUUUUAAUGUUUUACAUUUCUCGUGUCAGUCGAUCCUUAGAGGCGCAAUUAUUCUUCACUUAUAAUAUAAUACUGUAUUGUUUGCAUUUUAAAUAUUACUAUAUAUUUCUACUACACCUAUAGGUACAUAUAUACAUCACAUUGUUUUCAUUUCGUUAAAAAAUAAUAUAGAUUAAAGCAAGGAAUUUUCUCCUACUUUAAUAUAUAAAUUAUAAUAAAUAUUUACUUUAUGUGUAGUGUAACACAAAAAAGACAAUAUUGAUCUUACUCCCAAAACCAAAAUUCUAUAUUUUUUUAUUACCUUAGUAUAUACAAUUUAUAUACCUAUAUAUUUUAAAACUGAUUAUCAAUUUCAAUUUGAAUUAUGUAUACCCAAUAUCUUUUUUUAUACCUUUUAAUUACCUUGUAAUUAUUAUAAAAUGUGAAGAGAAAUAUGGAUCACUAUUCUUUAUGCCUCUCUUGAAACUAAAAAGAAGGCAACAAAAAUAAAAUUGCCAGAGGUAUUUUUAGAAAUUAAUCGAAUUUUCUUUGUAAUAAUAAUUUUAAACAAAUGUGUGUAUAAAUGACAAUUUUAAAUAAUUUAUUAGGAUAGCAGUUGAGAGGUUCCAAAACAUCAAAAAUAGGACAAUAUUUUAACCAGAGUUAUGAAGAACUAAUGUAAAUAACAUAUACCAAAAUAUGUACAUAAAAAAAGAGUAUAAAAAUAAACUAAAAUUACAAAACGACAGGAUAAUUACUUGAAAUAUUGGAAUUAUAAAUAACAAAUUUAAAUAUUUAUUAUUUGAAAAUAUUGAAUAAUAAAAGACGUGAUAAUGUAACAACGUACCUGUCAAGAUUCACGUUUUAACUCCCACCAUUUAACUUAAUUCAAAAUGUUAUUUGUACGAUAUUAUUAUGUAGCCAACUAUUUAUGGGGCGUCUUAGAUUACUGAAAGUUUAUAUAAUUCUGUAAAAAUUAAUAUUGAAACUUUAAAGAAAAAAAAAAACUAAUGUAAAAAGCUGUAUGAACUGAAUACGGCAGUGAAAUAUAUACCAUCACCAAAUCGACGUUAAAUUACCAAUAGCUCCCAACGGACACUUAUAAAAUAUGAGUUCUUGUAGAAUUUUAUUCUAACAUAUCUCCUUUUCUGUGUUACAUAGAGAAAUCAUUUUUACUUCAUUAUGUUGAGGUAAAGUGUCAAAACAAACGUCACUUUUUGGAUUCGUAGUAUUUGGAAUAAAAUAUAAGGUGUAUGUCCCCUUUUUUUUUUAUUUUGCCCAUGUUAGGAGAUAUCGGCAGUUAAACAUCGCAUUGUAAUUGCAAACUGCAUUCACAAAAUUAUCACUGUAAUACCGUUAUAAAUAUAGUAAAAAGUAGGUAUGCUCGACUUUUAUAAUGCAACAUAUUGGGGUAUUAAAAAAUAUAAAUUCCAAUUACAUUUAAUAACUAAUGUAAUAUACAAUUUAUAAAGAACAAUUAAUAUAAAAUAAUAUUGAAUAAAUUAAUAUUUUAAAUGUUUUUAAACCCAAAAUCGACUAUAUCGAUUUAGUAUACUAAAUCGAUAACGUAAUGGAGCGGUUUAUGGUUAUGAAAUCAGAUAUAAAAAAUAUUAUCCCAUUUCGACCCAUGUCGAAUUGUUAUACGCCUUUUUUACACCCAUUGAUUUACAAAAGAUUCAUGAUAUGCAGAUUAGCAGCGAUAAAAAAAGAACGCAUUCAAACAAAUUACACGUCCAUUUCUAACCAGCCAGUGUCAUUUCUCAAAUGUUCUUACAAUUUUUGUAAAGUAAAAAUAUAACGUCUAUACACGAAAUUUCAUAUUCAUGGCAAGUAUACUCUCAACUACAAUAACGGCAUAUCUUAAAAUAACUACUUUUUUUUAUUUUAAUUCAAUACAGUUUUCAUUGUAACUUUCCUAUGGGAAUCUGAAUUUAUUGUUUAUCAAUGGUUACACACUGUAUAUAAGCGUAAUUCAUCACUUAUUAAAACAUAAAUUUACGAAACAAUCUCGGUAUAACAUGAAAAAAAAUGGUUUUUGUAAGGUUUUGAUAAUAGAUGCCAAAUUUCAAUAAAAAUUUUUAUUCGGUUGUUUGUUCGGGCCAUGGUUUAUUGUGAUUUAUUUGGAUUGUUAUAUUUUAAUGUGUUUUAUUAAUUUAUUUUUAAAUGUGAUACGUAAAAUUUAUAUUUCGUUAUUGUUCUUUAACUAUUCAUUAUUUAGAAAUGAAUGCUCAAUUCCACUAUGUAUAAUUUUGUUAAAAUUAUUGUCUUAUUCUUUACAACAAUUCGACUUUUAAUUUAAUGCAAUAACCAUGAGACUUAUCUGAAUAAUUAAUAUUUAUUGUUUAAUCACAAUAAAUUUAAUGAACUGUUUUAAAAAAAAGUGUUCUGGGCAUUCAUUAACAAUUAUUAUUACUGAAUAACUGCACAUUUUUCGACUCAUUCGAAAGAUUAGAUCAUUUUUAUGUGACUUAUAUUUAUGUUCAACAAUGGCAACACUAUUGCAUGAAAUUAAAAGUCAUUUUUGAGAUAUAUCCUAAUUCUCAUCACCUAAUUUUUUUUUUUUUAUUUGUUGAUCUGUUCUAGACUAAUAUUUCAUUUCCAUUAUAUUACCUAGUAUGUUAGAUAUUAGGUAGAUAUCCUACUAGAGGAAUGUUAAAUUGUUAAUAGAUAGACCGCCUUUAGAUCUAUAAGUUUUACUCAUUGGGUAAGUGUCAUAAGUGAAGUAACUGAUCGCUGGAUUAAUGAUAAAAUAGAAGUGUUUACAUGUGCAAAAUUAUGCUAAAACUGCUUUAAAACUUAUAGAUGUAAAGGCAGCCUUAUAAUACUAGAAUAAGCUUUAUUUAAUUACUAAAUUGUUUUAGUCCAUUUUCUUUGCUAAUUAUUAAAAAAAAAAACAUUAGGCUCGUGCAAGGGAACAUUGUCAAAUUAAAUUAUGGUUGCUUCUAAUAUAAUGAAUAUUAAAUAAAUUAAUGAAAUAUACCAAUUAAUAACAAUAUAAUCUCUACUAAUUGUAUUAUGUAACAACAUUAUAUUAGCAGAGGUAUGUGCUAAUAUCAUUAUAAGCAUACAAUUUCAAAAUUAUUAUCUAGCAUUUUACGUCAAGAGGUCCUUAAUAUUUCUAUGCAAAAAGUAUGUAUAUAAGGAGAUUAUGUUUGUAUAUAUCUUAUGUAGUUAUUUUAUAACCAAUUUUUACUGUAAAAUAGUUAACAAUGUCAAUAUUAUUUCCUUUUUUAUUUAAUAUAUUUUAGUUUCUUGGGGUCCCCAUUCCAAUCCAUUGUUUGUCUGUCAUAUUCAAUCUAUGAAAUUAUUAACGUAUCUUAUUCGGACAAAGAUGAACCUGCCUAAUAAAGAAAGAUUAAUAAAAAGGAUAUUCAUAUAGUACAAUUUCCAUGGAUGGGGGCGCCACGGUGCUUGUGUUUAACCACUCCAAGAGCUAGACAUGCCGCUGUAGACCUUGUAAAAUGUUUGUUCCCUUGCUAGAUUAAGUCCGUCGUUUAGGACGGUAAAUAUUUAGUACCUAACUUAUGAAUGCAUUUCGAGAAUUAUGCUGUUUUAAAAAGUAACUCAGUGUUAAACAAUGUCUGUGAUAGUGAAUUGAAGCUUUGAAAGCAUAACAGUAUUCUAAAAUGCACGAAUAUAAAUAUCUAUAUGUAUAAUAAUUAUUGUUGUAACUUGUUAUAUAUGAAAUUAUCUGUUUGUGUAGUUUAAGAAUUUGUAAAAAUGUAUUUUUAUAGAUAAUAACGAAUCUCCAUAUAGAUCUGACGUGUAAAAUAAAAUUAUUCCGUAAAUGAUAAAAUUAAUAGAGGUACAUAAAUAUAUGCAUUAUUUAUCGGGCCUUAAUGUGGAAAUGAAUUUAAAAUACUAAAUGUUACAUAUUACUAAAACAAUGAUAAAUCGCGAUCGACAUUAUCUAUAUAACGAUUUAUGACCAAAGACGUGUCCAUAGUGGAAAAAUAUAGGUAAUGUGACAAUAUUGUAUAUUGUUUUAUGCUGUAAUAAAGUAAUGCCGAAAUAUAA